GGCUUACGUGUAGUCUCUUUCGACGCCAGGACGACUUAGGAGACGAUGACGUUGGGCACCAAAGGCGGAGAGGGAUUCGUGGUGAAGGUCCGGGGCUUGCCCUGGUCUUGCUCGGCGGAUGAAGUGCAGCGUUUUUUUUCUGACUGCAAAAUUCAAAAUGGGGCCCAAGGUAUUCGUUUCAUCUACACCAGAGAAGGCAGACCGAGUGGCGAGGCAUUUGUUGAACUUGAAUCAGAAGACGAAGUCAAAUUGGCCCUGAAAAAAGACAGAGAAACUAUGGGACACAGAUAUGUUGAAGUAUUCAAGUCAAACAACGUUGAAAUGGAUUGGGUGUUGAAGCAUACUGGUCCAAAUAGUCCUGACACGGCCAAUGAUGGCUUUGUACGGCUUAGAGGACACCCCUUUGGAUGUAGCAAGGAAGAAAUUGUUCAGUUCUUCUCAGGGUUGGAAAUCGUGCCAAAUGGGAUAACAUUGCCGGUGGACUUCCAGGGGAGGAGUACGGGGGAGGCCUUCGUGCAGUUUGCUUCACAGGAAAUAGCUGAAAAGGCUCUAAAGAAACACAAGGAAAGAAUAGGGCACAGGUAUAUCGAAAUCUUUAAGAGCAGUCGAGCUGAAGUUAGAACUCACUAUGAUCCACCACGAAAGCUUAUGGCUAUGCAGCGGCCAGGUCCCUAUGAUAGACCUGGGGCUGGCAGAGGGUAUAACAGCAUUGGCAGAGGAGCUGGCUUUGAGAGGAUGAGGCGUGGUGCUUAUGGUGGAGGUUAUGGAGGCUAUGAUGAUUAUAAUGGCUAUAAUGAUGGCUAUGGAUUUGGGUCAGAUAGAUUUGGAAGAGACCUCAAUUAUUGUUUUUCAGGAAUGUCUGAUCACAGAUAUGGGGAUGGUGGCUCUACUUUCCAGAGCACAACAGGACACUGUGUACACAUGCGGGGAUUACCUUACAGAGCUACUGAGAAUGACAUUUAUAAUUUUUUUUCACCGCUCAACCCUGUGAGAGUACACAUUGAAAUUGGUCCUGAUGGCAGAGUAACUGGUGAAGCAGAUGUUGAGUUUGCGACCCAUGAAGAUGCUGUGGCAGCUAUGUCAAAAGACAAAGCAAAUAUGCAACACAGAUAUGGAGAACUCUUCUUGAAUUCUACAGCAGGAGCAAGCGGUGGUGCUUACGAACACAGAUAUGUAGAACUCUUCUUGAAUUCUACAGCAGGAGCAAGCGGUGGUGCUUAUGGUAGCCAAAUGAUGGGAGGCAUGGGCUUGUCAAACCAAUCCAGUUAUGGUGGCCCAGCCAGUCAGCAGCUGAGUGGUGGUUAUGGAGGCGGCUAUGGUGGCCAGAGCAGCAUGAGUGGAUAUGGUAACCAAGGAGCAGUGAACAGCAGCUACUACAGUAGUGGAAGCCGUGCAUCUAUGGGCGUGAACGGAAUGGGAGGGAUGUCUAGCAUGUCCAGUAUGAGUGGUGGAUGGGGAAUGUAAUUGAUCCUGAUCACUGACUCUUGGUCAACUUUUUUUUUAAAAGAAAAAAACUUCAGUUUAACAGUUUUUGCAAUACAAGCUUGUGAUUUAUGCUUACUUAUAAGUGAAAAAUCAGGAUUGUUUUAGACUUAAGGUCCAGUAUUUUUUAACACAACUCAUCUAGGAUGUAACAACGAAGUUGAAACUAUAACUGUUAAACAAUUUUCAGCUUUUCUCAAGUUAGUUAUAUUGUAGGACGCACUUAAGCAGUAAGUGUAUUUAGGUUAAAGCAGUUGAAUUAUGUUAAAUGUUGCUCUUAUACCAUAUUACAUUGAACACUGUUUGGAUGCAUGUUGAAAGACAUGCUUUUUUGUAAAACUCAAUAUAGGAGCUGUGUCUACAAUUAAAAGUGAAACAUUUGGCAUGUUUGUUAAUUGUAGUUUCAUUUAAUAACCUGUAAGGCACGUAAAUUUAAGCUUUUUUUUAAGUUAAUAGGGAAAAUUUGAGACGCAAUACCAGUACUUUAGGACUUUGGUCUUGGUGUUUGUAUGAAAUUCUGAGGCCUUGAUUUAAAUCUUUCAUUGUAUUGUGGUUUCUUUUUAGGUGUAUUGCGCUAAGUGAAACUUGUCAAAUAAAUCUUCCUUUUAAAAA